GUUUCUGGCUUUCCUGAGAAUCAAAACAGCCGUUGGCCGCGGUAACGGUAGCUUCCCCCGCAGCAUGUCGGAAAUCCGUUUGAUGACUCUGACGGAGACCGCCGUUUAGCUUAGCUCGCAGCCCCGCAUAGCUUCACUCAGACCGGAGUUAAAGGCAGGAAUAGGAGCGGUGUGUGAAGAGCAGGUGCAGUGAGGGAGGGGGACAUACUGCCCCAGCACCUGUCGCUGCUGCAGGCUGAGUCACUACUGGUGAAGAAGGAAGGUCUGGAGAGGGAACGUGAGAGGAGGAGGUGGAGGAGGAGGGGAAGACGAAGAAGAAGACGAAGAAGAGAGGGAGAUAAGCCACGACAGGAAGCAAAACGACACGCGCGCACUCAGACCUACACACCGCUUGUUUCGCAAGCGUGCGCUUGUCUGCGUCUGAGGGGGGGGGAGAGAGAGAGAGAGAGGCUGGGCGAGUUAUAGAGGGUGAACGGGAAAGGAAGAAAGGGAGGGAGAGUGACGCGGAGGCUGGGAGAGCCGUUCCCCCCUCCCCUCCCCCUCCUCUCCUCUCCCUCGCUUCCUCCUCUCCUCUCCUCUUCUCCUCCCCUCCCCUCCCUCUCUGGCUGUGUGGAACAUGCGUGUAACGGCAUCAGACUCGGCGUGAAGGAACCAUGAGCGAUGUCACCAUCGUUAGAGAGGGAUGGCUCCAGAAAAGGGGUGAAUACAUAAAGAACUGGCGGCCACGUUACUUCCUGCUGAAGACAGACGGCUCCUUCAUCGGCUACAAAGAGAAACCUCAGGAUGCAGACCUCCCUUAUCCUCUAAAUAACUUUUCAGUAGCAAAAUGCCAGCUGAUGAAGACAGAGAGGCCGAAGCCAAACACCUUCAUCAUACGGUGCCUUCAGUGGACCACUGUCAUUGAGAGGACCUUCCAUGUGGAUUCGCCUGAUGAACGAGAUGAGUGGACAGAGGCCAUCCAGAUGGUGGCAGACAAGCUGCAGAGACAAGAGGAGGAGAGGAUCCAGUGCAGCCCCACCUCCAAUAUUGACAACAUGGUGGAGGAGGAAAUGGACAUCUCCACUACACACCACAAACGCAAGACGAUGAGUGACUUUGACUACCUGAAGCUGCUGGGGAAGGGAACAUUUGGUAAAGUCAUCCUUGUCCGGGAAAAGGCCAGCGGGAAGUAUUACGCCAUGAAAAUCCUUAAAAAAGAAGUCAUCAUAGCCAAGGAUGAAGUUGCUCACACACUCACAGAGAGCAGAGUACUGAAAAACACCAGGCACCCUUUUCUCACUUCGCUGAAGUAUUCAUUCCAGACUAAAGACCGUCUCUGUUUUGUCAUGGAGUACGUGAAUGGAGGGGAGCUGUUUUUCCAUUUGUCCAGAGAGCGAGUGUUCUCGGAGGAGCGCACGCGCUUCUACGGCGCUGAGAUUGUCUCGGCUCUCAACUACCUGCAUUCAGCCAAGAUUGUGUACCGGGACCUCAAGUUGGAAAACCUGAUGCUGGAUAAAGAUGGUCAUAUAAAAAUCACAGAUUUUGGACUCUGCAAGGAGGGCAUCACUGAUGCUGCUACAAUGAAGACCUUCUGUGGAACGCCGGAGUACCUCGCUCCAGAGGUGCUGGAGGACAACGACUACGGCCGUGCCGUGGACUGGUGGGGGCUGGGCGUGGUGACGUACGAAAUGAUGUGCGGCCGGCUGCCGUUCUACAACCAGGACCACGAGAAGCUGUUCGAGCUCAUCCUCAUGGAGGACAUCAAGUUCCCGCGCACGCUGUCGGCGGACGCCAAGUCGCUGCUGUCUGGCCUGCUCAUCAAAGACCCAAACAAAAGGCUCGGGGGCGGACCAGAAGAUGCUAAGGAAAUAAUGAGGCAUAGUUUCUUCUCUGGCAUCGACUGGCAGGAUGUUUACGACAAAAAGCUCGUCCCUCCCUUCAAGCCUCAGGUGACGUCGGAGACGGACACCAGGUACUUCGACGAGGAGUUCACGGCUCAGACCAUCACAAUCACUCCACCAGAGAAAUUCGAUGAGGAUGGAAUGGACUGUCUGGACAACGAAAGGCGACCGCACUUCCCGCAGUUCUCGUACUCGGCCAGCGGGCGAGAAUGAACUGUCCAUCACGGUGACAUUGUCACAGCUGGUCUCUGAGGCCGCCAGUGUGGGACACGAAGACCCCGCAGCUUCGGACCAACCCAGACUUGAAGGAUUUUUGCCCUUUUCUCCUCCAUUCCUUCGCUUCAGUCUGCUUCUUACUUUAUUUAUUUGUUUUUCUCUCUCUUCCUCUCUCUCUCUCUUUUUUUUGUUGUGAAUCUCUUCAGAGGUCAAAACCUCGAGGCAAAAUCAGAGUUCACUCCUGCACUCUAAAGUGCAACGCACGCGAUCGGUUGACUUUUUUUUAACGACCCUUUAACGACGGGAGCUUCACCGGCCCCCUGCUGUGCUUUGACACCUGUUGCUCUAAAAUAAAAUAAAAAAAAAGCCCAAACUACUCUAAGAUAUUAGCCGGCGCAGUUUUCAGGUAGUGUUCGUAUCUGCGCAACAGCGAUACUGCGCUUUCAGUUGUUGGAACCCAAACUGCCAUAGCGGGUCGUAACUCAGGCUUUCGCGAACACAAACUCGGAGAGACGUUUGUGUUUCGCGACACGUCGUCGGUUCGGUGAUUCCGGGACGGACUGAGCAGCGUGGGGGGGCCCCCCCACACACUCCCUCCCUCAUGUCGUCAAGCAGGAUUUGACUCAGGUGUUGCUCAGUGCAAGUGAUGUUGUUGCUGCUAUUUCAACUACAACCACAACGACUACAGGUACCGCUCUUCUUCUACUGCUACUGCUGAAAUCCGGUGCUACACCUCCAGCUAACCGUUACCAAGGCGACAGCUAAACGCCCCAAACUAUGCUCGUCCAGCUGCUACCUUUUACUCUGCUGCUCUUAAAUGUCAUCAACCGAUGAUCACCAUGGGCUUUUCUUUUUGUCGCAACUCAAAGCACAGCAGUUCAAGCAGAUGAAGCUCCGGCUAAUACAGUUAGCUUUACUACGUCACCAACAAUGCAGCGGAAAUGCAAGAA